AUGAAAUUCCUAAAAGUUGAAAAUAUUUUCCCCAAGGCCAAGCAAGAUGAGGGGGGGAAAAACGUACUGCUGAUUACCGUAAAUUUGCUCCUGCUGUUUUCCAUGUUCCUGUAUGGCAUAAACUACAUUCUGAUGAAAUAUUUUAUUAUGAUAAAGGGGUCCAUAUAUGUGUUCAUAAUUUUGAGGACACUAUUAACCAUCCCACUGAUGAUUUAUAUGUACACGUCGAAGGAGUCGGAACCGAACAAAAAAAAAUUACUGCAUGGUGCAAAUGAAAAAGAUGGUGUAGGUGAACAGGAUGGGCAGAUAGAUUUGGAGUUGUCAAAAAUUGAAGAAGAAAAUGAAAAUGAAAAAGAAAAUGAAAGUGAAACAAAAAAAAAAAAAAAUUCCAGAGGUGAUAAAAAUGAUGGUAAUAAUAAAAAAAAAAAAAAAAAAGAGAAAGGCAGUAAGGAUGGAAAAAUGGACGAUAACAUGGAUGAUAACAUGGAUAAUAGCAUGGAUCAUAAAAUGCAGAUUUCAGAUGGAAGCAAUAACGAUACUGGUACUGAUGAGUACAGCAAUAACAAACACGGAAAAUGGGCUAAUAUAAUAAAUAAAUUUUCAAAUUAUUUUAGUAAAUUACUAAAAAAUGAUGAAAAAUUAAUUCCAAAGGUAGCCUACAUGCCCAUACUUAUCCUAUCCGUUACGGGAGCUUUAAGACAGGUCAUUGUGAUAAUCGCUUUGCAGUAUACUGAUUCUCAUAACGUUGCAAUUAUUCAACCAACAAUACCUAUUUUUACGGCCCUAAUGUCAUAUUAUAUGAAGAUUGAAAAGAUGAAUUAUAUAACAUGCUUGUCUAUUUUUUUGUCUUUCUUUGGGUUGGCCAUAACUGCGGAAGUGUGGAAUAUGGGCUCCUUCGAUUUUGGAUUUCUCCUAUUAUUAACCGUGCCCGUUACGAAGGGACUGCAAGUGAUAUAUAUAAAUAUUGCCACUAGAUACGUAAGUAAUGAUAUCAUUCAAUUUUCCCAAAUGGCUGUUUUGUUUUUGAUAACCCUUCCAUUUGGAAUUCUCGGGGAAAUGUUCAUUAAUGAAAAUUACAAUGUGAUUGGCGAGAUAUACAAUGUGACGACUAAUCAGUUUUUAUGCAUUUUAUAUUCGACCCUUGGCAUUAUUUUUCUUUGUUGGAAAAUUCAAAUCAUCGCUUUGAAUUACCUUACCCCCGUAACCGUUUCGCUGUAUCAGUCCUUUCAGCCUUGUUUUACCUUCGUUUUAGCCAGGCUCUUUCUCAAGGAGACCAUCAAUUAUAAUAAAUACAUUGGCACCAUCUUCAUUGUCCUGUCGUUGUUGCUCUAUCAAUAUGGUUGCACCAAGCACCCCAAGGUGUAG